UAACGAACCCGGUUCAUCAAAACACAAUGGCUCACAAGAUCUUGGUAUUUUCCCUAUUGAUCGCCACAGCUGCUAUUAUCGGCGGUGUAUACUUUUCGAAAAACCCCGCGGCUUACGAAACAUGCUUGGUAACCGCCAGGGACAUUCUAAAAAAGACUUUCGGUUUCGCGAUUAAUGGAGUAGACACUGUAAAGAUAAUGACAUAUGACGAGUUGAAACGCUACGAUGGUUCACCUGACGGCGAUGGUUUAUAUCUAGCAGUAUAUGGGAAAAUAUAUGACGUAUCUAAAGGUGCCAAACACUAUGGACCAGGAGGUGGUUAUGAAUUUUUUUCAGGAAAAGAUGCUUCUAGGGCCUAUGUGACUGGUGAAUUCAAUGAAAAGGGUUUGAUUGAUGACCUGACUGGUUUCACACCACAGCAAGCAAUGGAAGUGAAAAAGUGGGUUGAAUUUUAUGAAAACACGUAUACGUUUGUAGGUAAACUGAACGGUCGAUACUAUGAUGAGAAUGGAAAUCCAACUCCUGAACAUGCCAAAGUGGAAGAUAUGAUAGCAGAAGGGAUUAAACUGAAAGAAGUUGAUAAAGCGGAAAAGGAGAAAUUUCCCACCUGCAAUUCUGAAUGGAGACAGAAUGAGGGAGGGAAAGUAUGGUGUUCAACUAAAAGUGGUGGCAUUGCAAGAGAUUGGGUUGGUGUUCCGAGAAAGUUCUUUAAACCUGGCUCCACCCAAUCCCGCUGUGCUUGUAUAAGAACAACAGGUCCACCAUCAGACCAACCAGAUGCUAAAGACCAUGCAAACAGAGGAGAUUUAGAUAACCCCAAUAUCCGAGAAUAUGAAGAUUGCGAACCAACCUCUGUAUCAUGUGCAUUGCUUCUAUGAUCUUAGUUUUAUCUAGUCAUUCAAGUACAUCCUUACAAUGUUUCUAUGCAUCAAUGAGAUGUUUUUAGAUAAAAUUAUCACACGAAAAGACUUCCACAAAACACAAUUUGUGGGCUAUACUAUACUAUAUAAGUAUACUAUACUGUGCAUAGUGUAGAUUUAACCCUAUCACUAGUAUAGUAUCAAUAUCCUUCUGCUCCUGCAAAGUAGUCCUGUUUGAUUUCUAUUUAUUUGUGUCUAACAAACCUAAAUUAUGUCUGUCUGAAAAUUGAAGUAGAUUAUAAAAAUAAAACCAUAUUUAACACAAGUCACAUUAGAUAAUUAUCCGAUCACUGCGAGAUCCUGCGUUAUGUGUGAAAUCUAAUGUCAAAACAGGACAAACAAAGGUAGAUAUUUCCACGCAUAAUAAUGUGCUGUACACAUUUGAA